UUUGUCACAGAAAUGUUUUGUUUUUGGGUCUUCAACAUCUAAAUUUUAAGUUUCGGAUGGGAUAUUUCUCUUUUCAAAAUGGUGUGCCGCUUCAAUCCUUUUUACAUCGGACCAUCUCCUCCCAGUUGCUGUACGGAUUUGAAGCCCGAGUGCAAUUGCCCGCCGUGUUCGCCGGAUACAGGGUAUCAGGAGCCUCGACCCGUUCACGAGGAGUGCAACAAGGGAGUGUCCAAGAAGGAGACCAAGGAGAGCAAAUGUGUUCCACCAUGCAAGGAAGCCCCCAAGAAGGAAAAGUCCAAGAAGUCUGGGAAGAAAUCCGAGAAGAAGUCCGAAAAAAGGAAAAACAAAAGGAUAAGCAGAAGGAAAAAUAAAAUGAACUUUCUGUAAAAUUAAA